AUGAAUGCAAGAAGUACAGAAUCCACUGUAAUAGAAAUGGUUUUUCUUGACAAACAAGAUGCUAUUCCAAGUGUAGUUUCGUGGCUUGAAAUGUCUGGAGAUGUGCAAAUAUCUUUAGAUGACAAUAGUUAUUCUUCAACACCUGUAAAUGAUUUCACAGCAGCAAACUUUUCUGACGUAACAGCCGUUUCUCCUGGAGUAUACCAAACUACUUUAGCUGUCAUUUUGGCAAUAUUUUGCGCCGCUACUGUUUUUGGGAAUGUUUUAGUGAUGGUAGCUAUUUUCAAACAGCAGUACCUUCACACGGUGACGAACUACUUCAUUGCUUCUUUGGCCAUUGCCGACUGCUUAGUUGGGGCAGUGGUGAUGCCGUUCAGUGUCAUUCAUGAAGUGAUGGACAAAUAUUGGAUAUUUGGAAGAGAAUGGUGUGAUUUGUGGCGAUGUCUUGAUGUUUUAGCUAGCACUGCUUCAAUUUUGAAUCUUUGUGCCAUAUCUAUUGACAGAUACUGGGCCAUUACAGAUCCUAUGACAUAUCCAAGUAAAAUGACGCCCCCAAGAGCAAAACUAAUUGUGGCUUUAGUGUGGAUGUGUUCUGCUUUAAUAUCUUUUCCUGCCAUUGCAUGGUGGCGAGCUGUUUCCGAAGAGCCUUACCCUGAAAAUCAGUGUCUUUUCACAAACGACGUUGGAUAUUUGCUAUUUUCGUCAAUUAUAUCCUUUUACGGGCCUUUAAUGGUCAUGGUUUUUACGUACUGCCGCAUUUACAGAGCUGCUGUGAGACAAACCAAAAGUCUUAAAAUUGGAAUGAAGCAUAUAAGAGCAUCAAAUGAACCUUGUCAAUCGAUGACAUUGAGAAUUCACCGGGGUGGUACACCUGAGCAUACAAGUAAAAACAACUCGCCUACAUUCAGAGUUCACCGCGGUGGAACCCCUGAGCAUGCUGCUACAAGUAAAAAUAAUUCGCCUAGCCACGCUCAACGCAACAGUCACUUGGUUAUUUCUGCAUUACCUACCCGUUCUGAAUCCUCUACGCCAAAAUCUCCAGAAAAUAAUAUACCAAUGAGAUUUGCUAGUCGACAUGUCAAAGCUUUUUCUAUAAGUAAGAAACUUGGAAAAUUGACUAAAGAAAGAAAAGCUGCCAAAACUUUAGGAAUAGUUAUGGGAGUUUUUAUUUUGUGCUGGCUUCCCUUCUUCAUAGUCAAUGUAUUAGUUGGCAUUUGCGGAGAAUCAUGUAUUGCUGAACCAGAACUAGUCUCUUCUAUUGUCACAUGGCUUGGCUGGAUAAACUCUGGAAUGAAUCCUGUCAUUUAUGCUUGCUGGAGCCGAGAUUUUAGAAGGGCAUUUCGGCAACUUUUGUGCUCCUGUUGCAAAACAAAGAAGCAGCAGUACAGAUUUCAAACAACUAUGAGACAUAAUGCUCUAGCUAUGAGGCCAAAAUCUCCAAACCAAGAGGUUUUUCUGUAAAUAAGACAAAAACUUUAUUUUUUUACAAAGUGAUCUCAUAAGUUGCAGUUUUUAUGUGUUUCGUAAUGAAGAAAGUCUGGGUGCAUUUCGUAGAGAGAUGGGUGAUGAGUUUCAUCAGGACAUCAAAGACAAUGGAAGAGAUACGAAAGUAAAUUGUCUACUAUAGUGAUUGCUUGAUAAUGCUGGACGAUGUACCGAGGCGAGCUUUAUAAAGAGAAAAUAAAAAGUAAAACCUAAAGCUAUGUAAUUCAAUUGAACUGAAAAUGAAAUAAA